CACACGCUUGCACGAAGCGCUGCCGUAUAAAUCGCGCCGGUGUAGCUCCGCAGAUCCCCAGUAACGGUUCAGCCUACGUCGCGUGCGUACCUACGAGAGUCCAAAAAAAUCCUGUGCAUCUCUCAGCGGAGAAAAAAUGGGUGUUUUACUUUGGGGCUUUUUGGGAAUAGUGUUGAUCGGUGGUGCGACGAUAUUCAUCUCGCCGCCGGUUCAACAGCCGCCCAAGUUGACGGACGUGUACUGGGGACCCGGUGAUGAGCCUAAGAAGACUGAUACGAGCGUCCGGCCAUUCAAGAUCACUUUUCAGAAGGAGAUGCUGGACGACCUGCGCAACCGACUGAAAAACACUCGCAAGAUGCAACCGCCUCUGGAGAACGUCGGUUGGACUUACGGCUUGAGCGGUGACUUCGUGCCGGUCAUAGUCGAUCACUGGCUCAACAAAUAUGACUUCAAGAAACGCGAGGCACAUCUCAAUCAGUAUCCCCAGUUCAUCACCAACGUACAAGGUCUGGACAUCCACUUCAUCCACGUGAAGCCGCAGCUGCCGAAGAACAGCAAGAUCCAAGUCCUUCCGCUCUACCUGCAGCACGGCUGGCCAGGCUCCAUCGUCGAGUUCCAGAAGAUCAUCCCCAUGCUCACGACGCCCCGAUCCGACCGUAACUUCGUCUUCGAGGUGGUGGCGCCGUCGUUGCCCGGCUUCGGAUAUUCCCAAGCGGCCUCGAAGGCCGGCCUCGGAGCCGUCCAGAUGGCCCACCUCAUGAAGAACCUCAUGCUCCGGCUGGGCUUCGACAAGUUCUACACCCAAGGCGGAGACUGGGGCGCCGUCAUCGGCGCCAACAUGGCCUCGAUGUAUCCUCAGCACGUUCUGGGCAUGCACUCGAACAUGUGCUUGGUAGUGCGCCCAUGGACCUGGCUGAAGAUCGCGGCCUACAGCCUGAUGCCGUCGCUUCUGCCGGAGGACGAGAGGCAGCUGAUGUUCCCGCUGAGCACGAAACUGGCUUUGGGCAUCGAGGAGACCGGUUACCUCCACUUGCAGGCCACCAAGCCCGACACCAUCGGAAUCGGAGUGAGCGAUUCUCCCGCUGGACUGGCGGCGUACAUCCUGGAAAAGAUGGCUUACUGCACGAAACCCGACAACAAGUUCACCGACGACGGUAACCUCCUGGAAAAGUUCACCAUGGACGAGCUCAUCGACAAUCUCAUGAUGUACUGGGCGCCGAACAAGGCUAGCAGCUCCUUCCGAAUCUACGCCGAGAGUUUCAACAAGCAAACCUUCGGCUACAAGAUGGACAACGUUCCAGUAACGGUACCAAGCGCCUGCGCCCAGUUCCCCUACGAGAUAAUCUUCCAAUCGGCCAACUUCCUUCGCGACCGUUUCGUCAACCUCCUCAGGGUAACGAAGAUGCCUCGAGGUGGCCAUUUCGCGGUCCUCGAAGAACCCCAGCUUCUCGCCGACGACAUCUGGGCUUCGGUACAGGCGUUCCGAGACUACUACGCCGCGCAAGAGCAGGAGAGGCUGGAAAAACAGAAGUCGUGAAUCGAGAGGAUAGAACUGGGAGAGAAGAGGGUGAAAAGAGUCUAGGCUAGAUCGAAGGAGAAUACUGUUUUCUUCCGGAUAUAUAGAUACUAGAAGGUUCUAGUGGAUACGAGGACAAUACUCUUCGACGCGUUUGAUUGUUUACGUAUUUUAUACCGAACUGAUAUGCUACGUAUUUCUUUUUAUAUAUUUGCUCCGAUUAAUUACUGUUAAGUUAUUGAACCAAUCUUAUCAGAUGAAUUCCUCUCUGAGGAAACAAACUUUUGCGAAUAUUCAUAAUGGGUUGCUUGAUUAAUGCGAGUUUUUAAAAUAAAAUGAAUCGAAAACUUAUUUAAGUUCAAGGAAAAUAUAUAAUGAGAAGUAAUAGUUUUCCUCCUAAGAUGCAGACAUAUUUGCAUCAAGCGGAAAGACUCGAUAAAUCACUGAAUGAUAUUUGUAUCGCUGUGUUCACUCGUCACUACUGCUUUCAACAAAUGAAACGGACGAUUCAUAUUAUGUAUUCAGAAAUCACAUUAUCAAACUUUUUUCGUAAGCUCCCCUAUGCAUGCUUUAAUCAAAUGUACUCGACCUUCAGAGAGAUACAAUGUGACUUGAUACUUUGAUGGCUGUUUCUGAUUUUUAUUUCUUUUGUACAAGAGCUUUUUUAAGUAAUUAAAUAUUACAAUCUGAAAAUAAUUA